AUGGUGAUGACCAGGACGGGACCUUCUUCCCAAGAAGUCGCAAUGCAUGUUGGUUCCUGCAAUCUUAAGGCAGACCUUGACCUUGAAAAGUUUGACCCUACCCUCCAUAUAAUGAUUGAGUUUCUAAAAAGUCACCCUAUUCACAAACCCUUGACUAAAUCAAUCGAGUUUCCUUUAAGCAUCAUUCAUAAGGCAUACUCCACUGCUGUCUAUAACUCUGAGGAAGACUACAUUGAGUUCAACAUCAAUAAAGAUAAGACCACCAAACUGUCUAAGGUUGAGUUCCUGGAGGCUAUUGGCCUUCCAGAGAGCAAGGAAAAAAAGACGUUAUAUGAACCCACAAAUGAAGAAAUCUUUGAUGUAUUUGAUCAAAUGGGGUAUUUACCUCCAAAGCUUGAGUCGUUUUCAAACUUCAGGAAAGGCAAGCUUCCAGGCAUGUGGCAUUUUUUGUUUCACAUCAUUCUGCGGUGCCUCUCAGGAAGGGUUGCAGGAACUGACAUGCUAAGUAGGCAGCUUCUUGUACUUAUUUUUGGUAUGUACACUGGGAAGGAAGUGGACUUUGGAACCACUAUCUGGAGUGAUUUUACUAGUUAUGUCUUUCCAAAGAAGAAGGCAAUUCCUUGUGCAAGGUUUUGGGCACUUGCACUCCAAAGUGUGUAUAACAAGCUGAAGAUCCCAUUACCUAAAGAAGAGGAGAUGUUCACUCCUCGUGCCUUAUCCAGGCAUACUAUCCCAAAUCAAUCUGCAUUUGUGAAGGUUGCUCGUCUCCCCGAAGCAAUGCUUCAAUAUAUUGAAAAGAACUCCAAAGUUCUCAUCAGACAUAUAGAGGAAACGGGUCCUCCAGAACCUGAACUCCCUACCCAACCCUCACAACAUACUUCCAGUCCUACAAAACAAAAGAAAAAUGCCUUGAAAGUAAAGAAGACUACUGGUAAAAGAAAAGGUGACACCAUUCCUUCUCCUCAAGCCAAAAGACAACCCACAAAAUCUCAAAAGGUGAAGGAUGCUGAAAAAAGAUCUACCGUUGGGUCACAGUCAUCUACCUCUUCAUCCACUCACGAAGAUGAUGUCUCACAAAAACAUUGGAAUAUAACACAUACACAACCCCCUUCCUCUCAAAAGGAAGAUGUGAGUGUCGAAAAAAGUCAUGAUCUAAUAAACAAUGAUGAAAGUAUACAAGGGCUGGAGAAGAAUGCUUCUGAGAAAGAACAAGUUGCCACCAACCAAUUGCAACAGGUUCUUAGUGAAUUAAGAGAGGCUGGGGAAAAGAAAGAAGAGGAGCGAAUGGAAUUAGUGGGAAUGUUGCUUGAGGAGCAACAACAGAGGGAAGAGGAAGAUAGGGUCCCGACCACGGAUAAACUUAUUGAGCUUGCCAUCCAUUGUGAGGAGUCUUUGGACCCAUUCACAAAGACUGGUAUGGAGUCUGCUCAAGACAUGGAAAAGGACUUUGUGUUUGCUGCUGAUGAUGGACUCAUCCAAGACUCUGAUUCACACUCCAUUAUGGAGACAAUCAAACCCUCCAAAUCUACUCUUUUCUUGGCAACUUCAGAAACUGAAAGUCAGGAACUUCCCAAACGAGACACCAGCACUCUUCCAACCACCACUGUCAGACGCACUAAACUGAAGAAGAAGAAGAAGUCCAAAUAUGUCUCCAGGGUGGAAUUUAAUUCCCUCAACCAGAAGUUGUCUGAGGUUCUUGAGCUUGUAAACAAGAUCCCUCCAUCUAAGGAGAAGUUUGUGAACAAGGAAGAGUUUGUGGAAAUGCAGAAGGUUGUGACAUCCUUAGCCCAAAGGGUUCCUAAUCUUGAGACAAGGGAAAAGACGCUUCGGGAAUCAAUUGUCAAAUCUACUGCAGAUGCUCUGAAGAAAAUGGAGCAGAAGAGGACCAAUGACACAUUUAAGUAUUUGGAUCGGAUGGAUGAGAUGUUGAAAAUGGUGAAGGAAAUUCAACAGUCGUAUGACCACCUCACCAACACUGUGGGCCACCAACAUGGAGAUGAGAUUGUCCGUUUAAGUGAGCAGCUCUGUGAUUAUCGCAACAAAAAUAUAAUUCUUCAGGCUGUUUUGGUUAAAGUAAUACAGUCUGCACAACAACUGCUAAGACCCCGUAAUGUAAGAUUUGAUGAAAUCCUCUUUGCCAUCCAGAAAAUUCAAAAUUCUGUGGAUGUACUUCCAAAGACUCUGUCCAAUGAGGAGCUAAGCAAACAGGUUCCUCAAUCGUUCCAAAAAGUGUUUGACCUGAUAGAGAACUUAAAAGGUUCAAAAUCGGUGGUUGAAGCUGGAGAAGAUGAAAAUGUGGUGAUAACAGAAACUUCUCCUUCUCCCAAGAUAGAUGAGGUAUCCCGACGUCAACCACCUCCAAAGACCACAAUUCCUCCGCCAUCUCCUCCCACUUCAUUUGUCAUGCCUCCUACCCAAAUAGCUCUGAUGUUACCUGAAACCCAAAAAGCUUCCAGUAAAGGUAAAGGCAAAAGGCCUUUGGAGGUUCCUGAAGUGAGUCGGAAUCAGAUGAAGUCCUUUCGAGUGUCUGAGGAAGAUAAGAAACAUGAGGUGGCAGCAGCACAUUUCUUUCAGGCGAACUCAAGUAAGGAGGAGCAACACGCUUUAUCUCCUUUGGUCUAUGUUAUCAAACAAUUGAAGGAUGAUGAACUCGUGCCUAAACAAACUGCAGCUCCUCCUGCCUCCGAUGAAUAUCAGUGGGAUAUACCCAUGUCUCCAAAUGCACGCUAUUAUUCAGUUUUCCCACCACUGCAUCCACACCUCUCAAGGGAAAUGCAAAUCCCAAUUGAGCUGAACCGACUAGAGGAGUUUUUCAAGGCUCAUGCUCAGCCCCCAAAAGAUGUAUGGUCUCUUCGGAGGAUCAUAAGAGUUGUGGGAUAUAAGAAGAGGUCUUUUCAGAAGGAAGACUACUUCAGUUUCGAAGUGGUGCGAAGCGAUAACAAAAAAUAUUUCUUCUCCGAAGCCGAUUUUCCAAACCUCAAUCCCAACGACCUAUACAUGAUUGCCAAACACUUCCAGACCAAACUCCUCACUCAUCAACCUUCCCGAUUUCCCUUUCUCCAAAUCCAGAGAUUUCUAAGGUCUUUGACCUAUGAUCUUGGCAGCAUUGAUGCAGAACGAUUUGAUAGCUUUGUGGAUAAUCCACCCAAAGAGAUGAACCAAUAUCUUGAAGGAAUUGAAAACAGACACCGAGGACCAACUGAGGAUCCUGAACUGGGGAUCAUUUUCUCUAAUGAAAAGGAUAGUCCGAGGCUCUUUUUUAGAUUAAAUCAGAAGCAUCUCUGCACAACGAAGUUCCUUGAAAAGAUGAUAAAUCUUACCUUAAGGUCCAAUGCCUCUGCAGCUUUAAAGGUGAAGAUCAUCGAAGAACUAGAGUGGUGGGUAGCAGUUCACUCUUGGCCAAGAUUGGAAGAUAUUCAACAUCAGAUGGCAAGUAGGAAGUGUACAUGUUCUUGUUGGAUGAGAAUAGAAUAUUGUAUACAAAGUAGAUGGUGGUAA